CCUCCAACCUUUCACACCUUUGCAUCACACAAUAUGGAUCUUACCAAGUUUUGAUUUCCAACAUGUUCAGCUUCAAAUCCUUUGUUUUUGCCGCCCUUUUGUCCAGUUGCGAGGCCUCCGUUCGAGCACGUAAACUCUCCAAUGAGUUGAUUGCCGGUUUCGAGCCCCGGACAGUGGUCACCGAUCAUAACGCAAUCGAUUUGGAUCAGGCAAAGAUUGAAGAUCUUUUGGCAACUCCCUCCACAGAUACUUUCUCAUCGGCCAGAGAUGUCUAUGAGCAAGGAUCUCAUUCCAAGUCAUUCGCUGUGUUGACUUUGGAUCCUGCACUUACCGUCGCUGUUCCCGAAGGGACUGUAAUCUCCGGAAAAAACGAAGACGGCUCGACUGUAUCCGGAACCGCUCUCAAAAGCUACAGUGUUGGUGAUACAACCAUCGAGAUUCAGUACAGUACCGGCAAUACACAAGCUACCUACGUUGAUUGUCAGGUGGGUGGUAAUCCUGAUCCCAAUACGUCGGGAUGUUUUGCUGCCAACGGCACUGUCACAAUUAGUGGUAGCUCCGGAUCGCUGCCUUAUUCAUACGAUCCUCUGGUGAACAACGAUAAUGGGCGCACAAUCCAAGGAUUCUCUACAGCAGCUGAAACCCGCUUCCGCCCCAGCGGAGGCGGAGAGCUUUUCCCGGACUUUCAGAAAUUUUUCGACUAUUAUGGUACUCUCACCUAUGCAGACGAGUGGGUGCAGUCGGCCUUCGCCCGCCGGAGCACUUCGUUCUCCAAGGGAGACGCUGACUUUAGCAAGUAUGGAGACGAUGGCAUCCUGCAGGCUGUGAAGAAAGGAACUGCAUACAUUAGCAUUGCCAUGUACGUCAUUCGAGAGCUCGAGGACGCUCUCGAUGAUUGCGAUCGAGGCUGUGACACGGCUGAUUGCAACGACGACGCCGUUCACGCGCUCGACGAAGCUGUGGCUUUCUGGACUGGAUCUUUAGAGGGCAAGGACGGUUCCGGAAGUGGAGUGCUUAUGUAUGGUCUGGCGGACACACGCUGUAUUAACUUUAAGACCUGUGGCCGUAACGGCGACGAGGCCAGCGGGAAAUCCAAAGUAAACUUUGAGAUUUUCCGCCACUUUGACACGAUGCAAAGGGAACUCACCAACAAGCGAUGCAAUUCCGCGCGUGCCACGAAAGAGAAAAUUGUUCCCUGGAUGAUCGUUCCACUCAUCCAGGGAGUACUUCGCUACGCGUACAUUAUUGAAAACGAUGGUUUCACCGAAAAAGCCGAGGCGGAAGGUGCUACUUUCGCUGCUGCUGUUCUUCCCUAUGUUGCGUCAUGUAAUGCUGAAGAUGCCAAAACCAUCUACGACAAUAUGCGCGUCGGCCUAGGGGGCGGUGCGAGCUAUUCUACCGUUUUCGAUGCUUUUGUCCGCCAGUCUAGUUGCAUGGGCAUUUCGUGUUCUGACAUUGGAGGAUACUGGAACGAGGCUCAGGGAGCUUAUGAAGAGGGAGCUGGACCUUGUGGCGGAUCCGGUUCCGGUGACGAUGGAGCAAAUGUCGGGCUUGCUGUUGGUCUCUCCAUUGGGGGUUUGUUGGUUCUCGUGUUGCUAGGAGUUGUCCUACGUCGUCGUCGCAGUGCUUCUGGUAGUACUGUGGAAUUUAAGGACACUGGCAGCACUCCUAUCUAAUUGCAGGACUCAAUUUAAUUGUAAACGGCUCUUCAUAAUCUAUUGGACUAACUGUAAGCGAUUUGCCUAGUUGU